UGUCCCUGCUGUUUCCCUCCCCAGGUGGCUGCGGGUGGCCCGGGCCGACGACGUGAGGCGCGGGGCGGCGGUCAAUGUUAUUUGAGCGGGGGCCGCGGGCCUCGGCGAUCGCAGAGCAGAGGAUGCAGAAAGCCGCCUACUACGACAACGCGGGGCUCUUCGGGGGCUACACCUACAGCAAGGCCGACGCCUACCCCUACGGCGCGGCCCACCAGCCCUACGGCCAGGCCGGCUUGGACGGGGAGUACCCCGGCUCCGCCUGCUCCGUCCAGGGCUCGGCGCCCGGCCGCGCUCCGGCCCACAAGGGCAGCGAGCUGAGCGGGAGCUGCAUGCGGCCGGGCGGGGGCGGCCCCGGCGCCCCCCCCCCCCCCCCCCCCCCCCCCCCCCCCCCCCCCCCCCCCCCCCCCCCCCCCCCCCCCCCCCCCCCCCCCCCCCCCCCCCCCCCCCCCAGUGUGCCCCCUCCGAAAAAAGCCAAGGGGGGCCCCAACUCCUCGGGCUCGGCCAGCGCCACCCUCAGCAAGCAGAUAUUUCCUUGGAUGAAGGAGUCCCGGCAGAACUCCAAGCAGAAAAGCACCUGCGCCCCCCCAGGAGAGAGCUGCGAGGACAAGAGCCCCCCCGGGCCGGCCUCCAAGAGGGUGCGCACAGCCUACACCAGCGCGCAGCUGGUGGAGCUGGAGAAGGAGUUCCACUUCAACCGCUACCUGUGCCGGCCGCGCCGCGUGGAGAUGGCCAACCUGCUCAACCUGACCGAGCGGCAGAUCAAGAUCUGGUUCCAGAACCGCCGGAUGAAGUACAAAAAGGACCAAAAAGCCAAAGGCAUCAUGCACUCCCCCGUCGGACAGUCCCCGGACCGCAGCCCCCCUCUAAGCGGCCCAAACCACGUCGGCUAUUCCAGCCAGCUCCCCGGCGUCAACAGCCUCAGCUACGACGCGCCCUCGCCCACCUCGUUCGCCAAGUCCCAGCAGAGCAUGUACGGGCUGGCCGCCUACACGGCGCCGCUGAGCAGCUGCCUGCCGCAGCAGAAGCGCUACGCGGGCGCGGAGUACGACCCCCACCCCAUGCAGAGCGGCGGCGGCGGCUUCGCCAACCCCAGCCUGCAGGGCAGCCCCGUCUACGUGGGGGGCAACUUCGUGGACUCGAUGCCGGCCUCAGGCCCCAUGUUCAACCUGGGGCACCUGCAGCACCCCUCCUCCGCCAGCGUGGACUACAGCUGCGCCGCCCAGAUCCCCGGCGGCCACCACCACGGACCUUGCGACCCCCACCCUACCUACACGGACCUUUCCUCUCACCACACCUCUCAGGGACGGAUGCAGGAGGCGCCCAAGCUCACGCAUCUGUAGCGGGGCGGCGGCCAGCGGGCCCCGCUCCCCUCUCCAUUACCUCACUUUUCUGACGGGACAGUGUUACUGUGCUCUCGAGUGCCAACAGUAUUAGUGGAUUUGUCUCCCCUAGCAGCUCCCCUCUCUCUUCCGCAGCCCCGAGUAGGUCCGUGAGCAGGAGCCUUUCUCUUAGAGCUGUUUUAAGCAUGACAGUGCAAUAUACUGCCAACCGAGGGACUGAUAAGCUGGUAAUGAUGUACUUGAAGGUAAGUCUUAGAGGUGCUGUAGUGUUAGCAGCGCGUCAUGCUGAGGUGUUUUAGACCAGUCGUGAGCCGUCGGAACUCGCCCGCGCGUAAGCUUAUUUCAGAGAAGUUAAUUUAUGAGUUCUUCCGUAACGUAAGGAUCGCAUUGGACUAAAUGAUAUGUAUUUAUUAUUUUAAGCGAGACAAUUUUUUUGUAUCACUGAUUAUUUAUCCUCGUCUUAAUGUAUUUAUGUGGGUAUUUGUAGAGUUUCUUCACCAAUACUUCGGGAGAGGGAUUCAGGUCCAUGGUGACUUACAUUUCACCUAUUUAGUAUAAUCGGUCUGAGCUAGUUGAGAGAGUAGUCUUGAACAGUUGUAACAGUGGCUGGUGUUUGUAGUUUAUGUAAGGAUUAAUUAAGACAGCAAGUCGUAAAUCAUUAAUAGAGUAAAACAAACUGUGGCGUCACACAAAAAGCCGUUACACUUUAAAAUUAUUGAAAGUAUUUUUAAAGUAUUUAUUUCUAAUCGGCUGGCCCCACUCGAGCGCCUCGGUGGCUUGGCCGGCAGCUGGCUCGGCCGGGUGAAGCCACCUUUAGUUGGAAACGCAGCCGCUUUGAGGAGGCGAUCUACAAAGAGGGGCUCUUGGCCAUCUUGUUUCAGAUCAAAUCCUGCAUAUAAAAACCUCGGUGAGGUUAACAUUUAUUUAUUGGCUGGGUAUCUAUCGCGCAUAAUAUUUC